ACCCCGUGUGAUCUACUAAGAUACUUCGUUCAUUUGCCGUUUGCAGGUUUGCAGAUAUUUGACCGUUUGUGUUUUGUGUUCUGUGUCUUGCCGUGGGAUUCGGGCUGAUUAGAGAGAUCGCAGGUCAAAGUUGGCGUGGAUUGGCAUAGUUAUAGCAAGAGUUCACAGUUUGAUCAAAUCAAAGUUGUUUGCGCAAAACAGUGAUCAAAAUAUUUACAACCCCGAGUACGAGAAAAGCGAAAGCAUUGGAAGUUUAUUUACGAUCGCUGAUUAGUUAUACGACAUUGGAUUGAGGAUCGUUUCUGACCAUGGGGAGUUCCGGAUACACCUGUAUACGGAGGACAUUUUGUUCGUUCAAUAUUCUGAUAUGGCUUUGCGGAAGUGGAUUUCUAGCGAUCGGACUGUGGCUAAGGUUUGCGGCGCCCGGAUAUGCCACCCUGUUACCAGAUCAUGCUGCCCUUAGUGCCGAUUGUUUGUUCAUUUUGAUUGGGGUGAUAAGCUUUGUGAUAGCAUUCUUUGGAUGCUGCGGAUCGUGGUUCCAAUCUAGGUGUUUCCUCAUCAUUUAUUUCACAUUGGUGGUGAUGUUGUUUUUGAGCGAAUUUUUGCUCGGAUCAUUGGCGUUCGUUUUCCGGGGAGGCAUUGGCCGGAUGUUGGUUCACGAGUUGAAGUACGGCAUCGAGAAGCACUACAAUGUGACAGACCGAGGGGGACUUCUAGCUCCAUCGGUGGCCUCUAUUUGGGACAAAGUGCAAGUUGAGCUCCAAUGUUGUGGCGUCUCCUCGUACGAGGACUGGUACGACAUCAGCGCCUGGCCCGGUGAGCGAUGGGUUCCCCGAUCCUGCUGCCGACCACGCUAUAACUCCAUCUACUCGGAAGGCUCCGGAGACGAUGCCUCGGGAAUCGACUGCCGGAAAGCCGGUGAUCCCUCGCUACUUUGGGACAAAAGUUGUGGCCAAAUCCUACAGAUGUUCUUCGUACAACGGUUACAUGUCGUUGGAACAGUUGGUCUAGUCAUAGCCUUUUUACAGCUAUUUGGUCUGAUAUCAUCGAUGCUCCUAUUUUGUACAGUGAAGCAUAAAAAAUCCUCAAAAACCUACAAAUCCUAUUCACCAACAGUGGACACAACGUUAAAUCGAAGCACUGGAACAUAUCUUGACGAUUGAUGAAAUGGAGCUCAAUCAUCGAAAACGCAACGAAAUAUCAGAGCGCAAUACUCGAAUCAAAAUGGUCUCUUUCGUCAACGAAGUCCUUUUUUCGUAAUCUCAUAGUUUUUUCACCAAAAUUUAUAUCUCCAUUGAUUUUUUCAAAAGUUAAACUCCGGUAGACAACAUAACAUCUUUGAUUUAUUUUUCGUAGAAUCAUAGACCCUUUACUCAUAAAAUGUUGAGUUUAACCAAAAUGACCCCAAUUCUAUCUAUUGAAAAUAGUUUUUGUGAGCUCAUUUGGCGAACGUAGAGUAUCGAACACAUGAUAACAAAACUCAGAAAGAGCCAAAAACUUGAGGGUGGCUCCGGAAAAAAUAACCGAAUCGAAAUCCUUAGAUUAAGGAGAAGCUGUGCCAAAAAUUAACAAAGUUUACUGCUAGUAUUAUAGUGAUUAAAACGAAUUUGUUGGUUAGUUUAACGUUUAAGGUGCCCAAAUAGGAGAAACAAGUUCAUGAAUACCAAAAUCUGAACCUCAAGAGGAUUUUUAAAUAGAUAAAAUCAAUACUGUUAGACUAAGAUUAAGCGUAAAACAAUAUAAAAUCUUUUCCAAAUUCCCUUUUAGUUUUGUAAAAUAUUCUCCCUUCAUUAAAUCCACUUUGUCUUGUUUUUCUCAAUGAAAAAAGGAAAAAAAUACAGUGAUUUAAGUUAUUUGUAGAUGAUUUUUUUUUCCAGUGCGAAAUGACGAACGCAUUCCAAAGUAGCUUCCAUAUUUACAAAAGUGAAAAUGCAUGUACAAUGAUAAAUGAUGAAGAAAUAUAC